AUGACGGAGACGAGGACCCGGUCCAACGCACCGCUGCCCUUGAGCUACCUGGCCAAGGUGUCCGACGCCGGGGGCGCGUUGAUCAUCCAGUUCGACGUUGACACCAACCGGGCGGGCCAGAGCGGGGUGUUCCCCUGCUCCACUGUCUUCGACGAUGCGUCCGCAGAGGCUCUGGGCGGCUCCGCCUCCGUGUGCCUGUGGCGCGACGCCCGCACCCUCGUGGCCCGCUUCGGCUACUACGCGAGCGUGGCCAUCAACGAUCUUCUGUCCCUGCGGCAGGGCGUAAUCGGACGGCUGGAUUCGCCAUCCGUCACGCUCGACGAUUACGAAUCGCGGGUGCUGCUGGUGAUCAGCCCCGACACGCCAGCCGCGCCCGUGGUGGUGAUCGAGGGCACAUCGGCCGUGGGGUGGUGCGACGUGCUCACCCUCGAUGCAUCGGCCUCUUACGGCUCGGGCGGUCGCGCCUACGUGGGCGGCUACCAGUGGGGCCUCGUGGCGCCAGAGGACAACUCGACCGACGUCACGGAGGGGGUGGCGCUCUACCUGGCCAGCCAGCGCGACGUAGUGGUCUCGCUCGAUGGAAGCUCGCUCUCGUUCAACACUACGCGCACCUACACCUUCUCCCUCACCCUCACCAACUGGCUCGGCCUCUCCUCCACGGCCUACUUCCCCGUCGAGAUCAUCGCCACCGACCAGGUCAUCGUGCGCAUCGCUGGUGGAAACCCCACGAUCCAGAGGGGCACCGACCUGUCGCUGCGCGGUAGUGUGGAGCCGCCGUGCGUGUGCAAGCGGGAUGCGUCGCUGGCCGUGUGCGACCCGGAGGCGCGCUACUCGUACGCGUGGGUGCGCACCGGGGGUCCCGUGGUGGCGCUCGACCUGGCCUCGCGCACGUCGUCCGCCCUCCACCUCCCGGCCAACGCCCUGCAGGCCGGCGCCACCUACCGCUUCACCCUCACCGCCACCAGCGCCGGCCUGCUGGGCCACGUCGGCCAGGCCACCGUCACCGUCACCGUGCUCGACGAGCCCGUGCGCGCCGUGCUCGAGUCCGGCACCCGCUACGUGUCCCGCUACGCGCCCAUCGAGCUCGACGGCUCCCUGCGCUCCUCGCCCGCCCAGCAUGACGAAGGCGAAGACGAUCAGGUGAGCUACCAGUGGUCGUGCGCGUGGGCCGGCAGCGCCGAUCUGGCCUACGAGGGCGUCGACGACGGCGCGUGCCCGGCGGCGCGCUACCUCGGCACGGCGGCCUACCAGGCGCCGCACGUCACGCUGCCUGCCGGCACGCUGCCCCCUGGCGACUGGCGCUUCACCCUCACCGUGACCCGCGCGGGCAAGCCCUUCGAAGAAGAAGGCGCGGAGAAGCGCGGGAUGGCACUGGACGUGGCCACGGCCGACCAGCUCGUCACCAUCGGCUGGGGCGACGCCCCGACGGUCUUUGUGCGCCUGCUGGCCGCCGGCGACAACGUCGACCCGUCGGCCGACGCGCUGGUCAAGUUCGAGGCCAGCGUGGCCUCGCCGCUGGGCCGCACCGUGAGCGAGCUCGCGUGGUCGCUGGUCGACGGCGACAUCGACGCCAACCUCACCGCCGUGGUCGAUCCCGGCAGCGACGCCGCCGUGCUCGCCUUCCGGCCCGACGUGCUCACGCCCGGCGCCCAGUACCGCCUGCGCCUCGUGGCGCGCUACGCCGACGACCUCCUCCAGCCGGCCGACUGGGCCACCACCGCGACCGGCGGCCUCCCGUGGGCCGCCUCGACGCCCGCCGCCGCCGGCUGGGCCGAGGUCACCUUUGCCGUCGGCGCCUUCCCGUGGGGCGGCACCUGCGACCUGCAGCUGCCCGAGGGCGAGGGCGAGAAGGGUCCCGGCCGCACCGCGCUCGCCACGGCCCUCUGCGCCGGCUUCGACGCCGCGAUCGCGGCCAACGCCGACGACGGCCCGGUCUUUACGCACUACUACGUCCGCCACUCGGCCGACGUCCUGGGCGGCCUCUUCCCGCUGGGCUCGCACAGGUCGGUGGCCGCUGGCCGCGUCGAGACCUACCUGCCCUCGACCGGCAGCGCCGGCGAAGAAUCGCUGGCUCUCUACGCGCGCGUCUUUGAUCGCACGGGCUCGCCCGCCUACGCCCCGCCGGCGUCGGCUGCUGCCGAGGGCGAAGCGGAGAGCGACAGCGCCGCCGAGCCCCGGCUGCUCGAGGUCGCAUCGGGCGUCGUCGUGCAGGCCGCCCUCGCCGACUCGGCCGAGGCGGUCGCCGCGCUGCUCGCCAGCGGCGCCGGCCUCGAGGCCAUCCAGCGCGGGCGCGUGGACCUCGUUCCGACGCUCCUCUAUUCGCUCCUGUUCGAGCUCAACACCGCCGUCGGCACCGCCGGCAACCCUUUCGCCGUCGGCUCCACGGAGCGCGACGUGCGCGAGGCCGUGUUCGACGUGCUGCGCCGCCAGCUGGCCUUUGAGCGCUCGGCCGACGCCACCACCGUCCAGGCCCACCUGCUCUACCUUCUCGCCGGCGGCUCCCGCACCACCACCACCACUGCGGGCCGGCGCGGCCUCCACACGGUGGCGCCCAAGGCCAAGCGAAGCGGCAGCACCGACCUCGGCCUGCACGUCGUGCAACACCUCCGCGAGCUCGUCGCCGCCUCCCCGCAAUCUUCCGACCGCGCCUACAUCGCGAACGCGGCGUCGAACCUGCUGGAGUACUACAAGGCCCUGGCGCUGGACUCGAGCGCGUUUGCGUCGGAGCUGGUGGCCCUGAUCACCGAGCUCGCCGUCGAGCAGGCCGCCGCCUCCGCCCAGACCCGCACCUACACCUGGAGCACCCCCAACAUCCAGGCCGCCGCCGGCAAAUGCACGCACCCCCCACCCCACCCAACCACCACCCGUCACUCGGCGAGCGAUCUGCCGGCCACCAUGCAGGCGGGGGGCGUCACGGUGACGCUGCCCACGGCGGACAUCCGGCUGCAGGCGGGCGGCGACGCCGACGACGCCGAGGUGGUGAUCGCCCUGUGCACGUUCGCGCUCAACCCGCAGCCGUCGGCCGGCGGCAACGUGACCCUCAUGGCGCCCGUGACCACGCUCAUCGUGCGCGUCGACGGCCGCGACAUCGCCCUCGCCGGCCCGCUCACGCAGAACUUCAUCAUCGCCCACCCCGCCGUCAUCAGCGAGAACCCCAACGGCCUCAACAUCCCCCACUCUUGCCGGCGGCUACAACGUCUCGUGCCAGAGCUGGAGCGGCGCUGGCUGGACCCAGUCCUGCUCGCCCGCCGGUUCGGGUUCCGCCGGAUCGGUGGUCGCAUCGAGCCGCGGCACGACGUGUGCCUGCUCGAGCCUCGUCUCGGGCGCCCUCCUCUCCGUGCGCGCCUUCGCCCGUGGCCCUGUGGUGCAGCCCAGCGCGUCGCCGGUCGUGGCGGCCGAGGACCGGUCGUCGGGCAGCGGCGAGGAGCGGUGGAUCCUCCUCGCCAUCUUCGUCGUCUUCGCCAUCGUCGUCCUGCUCAUUCUGCUGUUCGGGUUCCGUCUGUACAUCCUGAAGCCGGAGACGCAGGAGGCCGAGUACGAGAUCCCGGCCGUGCGCGAGGCCCCCGCCGAGUCGGACGCGCAGGCGGGCGCGCUCGCCGGCGAGGAGCCCCACGCCGAGGCCGCCAAGCGCGACGAGAUGUUGGCCGCCGACGAGGCCGGCCCCGAGGACCUGGGCCUGCCCUCGGAGAACGACUCGGAGGCCAGCGUGGUGCUCCGCCGCCCCAAAUUCCAGAACGGACGCAUCGCGGGAGUCAUCGCGCGCGCGCUCGCGCACUCGCUCGCGCUCGUCGAGGUCGAGGUCGAACAGCCGAUCGCGCAGCGGCUCCUCCUACGCGCGCCCGAGGCGACGAUCCGGCUCGCGCUCCAAGUCCAGCUCCAGGUCCGCCGCGAGACUACGAGGGGAGGGCGCAGCGGCGAGGACUUUUCGAGCGAGGAGGAGCGCGGCGGCGAGCAGAGGCGGGACAGCGAGGCGUCGGAGAAGAGGCGGGAGGAGCCGGCGCCUCCCGUCAAGCAGCAGCAGCAGCAGCAGCAGCGGGAAGCCGAAGCCGAGAAGGAGCCUGCGGCCCCCGUCAAGCAGCAGCCACUCGCGGCGGCGGCGCCCAAGCCUUCGUCUGGUUCGGUGCCCGAGCCCGACAGGCGCGGCUCGAGCGACAGCUCAGAGGGCGAGGAGCAGACCGACAGCGAGCCGGAGAGCGACCGCAGCAGGUCCAGCAGGUCCAAGAGCCGCGGCGGUGCCGACGACGACAAGGAAGGGAACCGUGA